CACGCCUCUCUCAAUGGAUCAUUCGCUUUCCGAAGAGUGGAAAUAUUUGAAAGAAGAUCUUGGCCACAAUAAGUGGCAGCGUAUUUUCUUUGGCAUUGUCAUAAUGAUCUGUACUUGGGGACUUAUGUUAUCAAUAUGGUUUCUCGGAGCUAUCACUGCUAAUUCAAAUGUUGCCCAGGAUUCCGCUUGCACUCCUGAUGGGAAGUUUCGCUUAGACCCAUAUUCGUAUAAUUACUGGGACAUCUCCGGUACCUUCCAGAUAACACUCCCAUUCGGGAACUUUUCCUUUAGCUCAGUUAAGUCUAUCGACAUCGCAUGUGAUGUGAUCGUUGGUCGCGGUGGCCAGGCACUGUUAGCAUUAUGCAGUUGGCGUGUAUUUGCACUCUAUGUAACAACAUCUAUGGAGGUCAAACCUGUGACGUACGGCUCUUUUGGGUCCAUUUUUAUACAAUUUGGACCUUCGGUUUCGUCUAUCGGUGGUCUUGUUCGGGACUUUACCUUCCGUAAGAGCUUGCACUCUAAGAUUGCAAUGAUAUUUAUCAUUGCAAGUAUGGCUUUCAUUCUUUCUUUCCCUACCCUUGCCAGCGCGAUGACUGGAUACACUGGGUUCGUCAAAUCAUAUGUUCCCGAUCCUCAAACCGGAAACUUCAUUCGCUUUGAUCAACUCCGUCCCGUCGCAUACAUAAUCCAUGAUGGAGAAAGGAUCAAACAAAACGAGACAUUCUUUGUGACGGAUGGCUUUAUUAGUGGUGAUCCAUAUCUGGGCACACGGGGCUAUUGCGUUGGGACAAACACCUCUAUCAAAAAUCCAGAAUGCGAUCUACUCAACUCGAUGAAUGGGUAUCUUCGUGCCCUGAACAAGACAGAUAAUGACUACAGCAAUAUCACAUUCAUGGGCAUAGCCUUAGGAAAUUUGCCACUGAAUGUUACGAUACUCCCUCCGUAUCAUAAUACCGAUUAUGAAAUCGUGCCACGGCCCCUUUACGAAAACAACAGAAUGUGGAGAUGGUCUAACGAAACCUUUGACCUCGACUACAAUUAUAAAUGGGGUUUCUCAUUUGUGCAACUAUUCUGCAUGGUCGUCAUGCUUCUGAUCUGGUCAAUCGGCAUACUAGCUAUGCGUAUUCAGGCUCGAUCAACGCUGCGCAGGCGUGGCCGUGAAUCAAUUGCGGGUAGGCAUAAAGCAGUUAUUCAACUAGCAGCUGCUAUGCAAGAACAUAUGGGUGAUCGAAAUUUGAUGCUGGAAUCUCUAGACGAGAUAGAUCUAGAGAGGCGCAUAAAAGAGGUACAAGGGGGCGCUAUCUCCUAUGCAUUCCCCACAUCAGGAAUUACACGAUCACAAUCUACCACACUUCGAUAUUUCCGCGCAUGGUUCUGUGUUUUGGCGAUUAUUCGUCUCAGCAAAGUGGACUGCGACCAAAGCUGGCUCAUAUUAUCACGUAUCCCAGACCUCCAAGUGGAUGAAGUGUGGCCCAAUUAA